AUGAGUUUCUCAGCUUCUCAUGGAAAUCAGUUGUUAGAUGAAGAAUUGGCAUACGAUUAUGAUGCUCUUAAAGUUGAACAUGAUAAUUUUGUAGAGAAAUUGACAGAUGAACAGCGACAUGUCUAUGACACAGUUCUUAGUGAUGUUACGAAUGCUAGGGGUGGUUUAUUUUUUGUUUAUGGGUACGGAGGAACUGGUUUUGUUUGGAAAACAUUAUCAGAUGCUCUGUGUUCUGAGGGUCACAUCGUCUUAAAUGUCGCCUCGAGUGGUAUGGCUUCUCUACUUUUGCCAGGUGGUCGAACUGCUCAUUCCCGAUUUGCUAUACCUAUUAAUAUAAUUGAAGAUUCUACAUGUAACAUCUCUCAAGGGGGUGACUUGGCUCAUCUAAUUAUAAACUCCAAACUUAUUAUUUGGGAUGAAGCUCCGAUGAUGCAUAAACAUUGCUUUGAGGCUUUAGACCGAACCAUGAGAUAUUUAUUACGGUUUCUAAAUCCUUUGAGUACAGAAAUGACAUUUGGAGAAAAAACAGUGGUUCUUGGUGGUGGUUUUCGACAAAUACUGCCUGUGAUUCCUAAGGGAACAAGACAAGAUAUUGUUGGAGCAAGCAUCAAUUCAUCUUAUCUCUGGCAAAAUUUUAAGGUGCUAAGAUUGACUAAGAAUUUUAGAUUACAAAGAUUGGGAAAUUAUGACAGUGCUGAAGAUAUCAAUUCAUUUUCGGAAAAGUGGAUAGCUGGUAUAGGUGAUGGUUUGAUUGGUGGCCAAAUGAUGGGUGUGCAGUAA